CGGCGGCGACGCGGCCAGUGGGCCGAGCCGGCUCCGCCCCGCUGCGUGGCGCGCCAGAAGGACCCGGAGCGGCGGCGGCGGCGGCCGAGGAGGGCGCGCCGCGCACACGCCGGGGAGGCAGCCGCGCCCGAGGCGGCGCGAUGGGCGAGGGGGAGCCGCUCAGCAUGGCCGACUACCUGAUCAGCGGCGGCACCGGCUACGUGCCCGAGGACGGCCUGACGGCGCAGCAGCUCUUCGCCAUCGCCGACGGCCUCACCUACAACGACUUUCUGAUCCUUCCGGGCUUCAUCGACUUCACUGCAGACGAGGUGGACUUGACCUCGGCACUGACCCGCAAAAUCACCCUGAAGACCCCUCUCAUUUCUUCCCCCAUGGACACUGUCACAGAGUCAGAUAUGGCCAUCGCAAUGGCGCUGAUGGGAGGGAUCGGCAUUGUCCAUCACAACUGCACGCCCGAAUUCCAGGCCAACGAGGUCCGUAAGGUCAAGAAGUUUGAGCAGGGCUUCAUCACAGACCCAGUGGUGCUGAGCCCAACCCAUACGGUGGGCGACGUCUUUGAGGCCAAGAUCCGCCACGGCUUCUCGGGCAUCCCGGUCACUGAGACUGGCAAGAUGGGCAGUAAGCUUGUGGGCAUCGUCACCUCGCGGGACAUUGACUUCCUCUCUGAGAAGGACUACGGCACCCCCCUCAGUGAGGUCAUGACCAAGCGCAAUGAGCUAGUGGUGGCUCCAGCUGGCGUCACCUUAAAGGAGGCGAAUGAGAUUCUUCAGCGGAGCAAAAAGGGAAAGCUCCCGAUCGUGAAUGACGAGGACGAGUUAGUGGCCAUCAUUGCCCGCACGGACCUGAAGAAGAACCGCGACUACCCGUUGGCCUCCAAGGACGCACGCAAGCAGCUGCUCUGCGGGGCAGCCAUAGGCACCCGCGAGGACGACAAGUAUCGCCUGGACCUCCUCAUGCAGGCGGGGGUGGACGUGGUCGUGCUGGACUCCUCUCAGGGCAACUCCGUCUACCAGAUCGGCAUGAUUCACCACAUCAAGAACAAGUACCCGGAGCUUCAGGUCAUCGGUGGCAAUGUUGUGACAGCCGCCCAGGCGAAGAACCUCAUCGAUGCUGGGGUGGACGCAUUGCGUGUGGGCAUGGGUUGCGGCUCCAUCUGUAUCACACAAGAAGUGAUGGCGUGUGGCCGGCCGCAAGGGACAGCUGUUUACAAAGUAGCCGAGUACGCCCGCAGGUUCGGCGUGCCCGUGAUCGCUGAUGGCGGCAUCCAGACGGUGGGCCACGUGGUGAAGGCACUCUCGCUAGGAGCCUCCACAGUCAUGAUGGGCUCCUUGCUGGCUGCUACAACGGAGGCUCCAGGCGAAUACUUCUUCUCAGAUGGGGUGCGGCUCAAGAAGUACCGAGGGAUGGGGUCUCUUGACGCCAUGGAGAAGAACAGCAGCAGCCAGAAGCGUUACUUCAGUGAGGGGGACAAGGUGAAGGUGGCACAGGGCGUCUCGGGCUCCAUCCAGGACAAGGGAUCCAUCCAGAAGUUCGUGCCCUACCUGAUUGCUGGCAUCCAGCACGGCUGCCAGGACAUCGGAGCGAAAAGCCUCUCUGUGCUGCGGUCCAUGAUGUACUCCGGGGAACUGAAGUUUGAGAAGCGGACCAUGUCGGCCCAGAUCGAGGGGGGUGUCCACGGUCUCCACUCUUACGAGAAGCGGCUGUACUGAAGACGCCUCCCGGAGCAGCAGCCAGCGAGCCACGCCCAACGUCCCCGCCCCCGUUGCCGCCACUGGCUGCCGCCGCAGCUGAGCUCCUUGCCCCUUGGCAUCCGGGCCGUGCCUGUGGGCAGAGACUUGCACUACGGACUACCCUGUCCCUCCAAGCCGGUGUGAGGGGCUGUGCAGGGGGGACAAACUCCGUCAUGGGCAGAACCUGCUGGGAGCACAGAUCUCACCUGGGUGAUGUGAACCCAGCCGCCCGGGCUGCUCCUGGGUGAUGGGGGGCAGCCCUCCCUCCGAGGCUUUCUGCUAGCCGGGUGGGCUCCUGAGUCAUCAUCCUAAGCCCCUCCCCCAGGCCUUCACACCUCGGAAAUGGCAUCCCGGGUGGAGGUGGGAAGUGGCCGGGUCUGCGCUCCCCCCAGCCCCUGGUGGAUUCCUGGUAGCCUCUCCCCACUCUCAGGCCGGCCACUCACUUCCCUCGUGGCAAGGUGCGUCUGUUGGGGGAGGCGAGCAGGGGGGACCCUCCGGAGAGUGGCCGAGCCAGCUGGAGCUGAGCUCUCCUCGGGCAGGGGGGCCAGGUGCUGCCGUGUGGAGGGCCUCUCUUCUCUCUCCCCCUUGCAAAUUACCCUCGCCUAGAGAGAAGUGUUGGGCUCUCCAUCCCCCCCCCCCCCCGGGAGUCAAACUCUUUCUGGAAGUUAUUCCCACUCCCCCGCGUUUGGGUGCUGGGGUGGGGGGUCCGGUUCUCUUGCUGCAAACUGCCAGGGCUCUGCAGGGUCUUGCCAGAUUCAGGUCAGCCUCUCUCCCCACCCACCCCCGCCGCCUCAAAGGCUGUACUUUCUGCGCAUGUUGGGGUCCACUGUUGUGUCUCUGUGUUAUUACUAAAUAAUAAAGAUCCAGAGUGUCUAGCAGGC